AUGGCGCUUUUGACUCCCCGAGAUGCUAUUCAUAUUGAUGAUCUUGACCGCUAUGACGAAUAUAUAAAGACAGUGGCUGGUAAUAACAUUCUCAAUAUGUACCAAGAGAAUCAAGUCAUCAAAGUCGAUAUCCACGAGUACCCAAAUGAUAAUAUCGUUCGGUCUGCGGAGUUCAAGCCUAGCCCACAGGCUGAUGCAUACUUCAAACAGGAUGCUGAAAUGGCGAAGGAAUUUCUUGCACAGCACGAAUCUUUUGGCGACGGCUCGCACGAAUCCAGAGCUGAGUGCCAUGGGCUGCCUCCGGAUAUGGAAGAUGCACGGUCGCGCUGCUUCCAGUUCUGUGGAUAUGUUAGCCAUUGUGGGAAUCGACAAUGCCCACAUUGUUACUACGUUGGGGGAGGCUGCCAAUGGCAAAAGUGGUGUCACCCCUAA